AUGUCUCGUCAGGUCGAGGCUAUUACUAAUAAGAAAAAGAAGACGCCUCCUUCCUCCAAGAAGGUUGGCAAGGCGAAGCUUGCCAAGAAGGAUUCCAAGAAACUCAGUUCUGGAAAGAGAGACAAGAAGAGCAAGAUUUCUCAGCCUGGCAAAACCCGCGCCAUCACCUACAACGAGAAGCAGAUCAUCUCGAAUGGUAUCAGUAGUCUACCUGAUAAGAGGAUGCAACAAGCCCUCCAGAUUAUCCAGAACAAUGUUCCUCAACUCAAGAGUACCGAUGAGGCCGAGAUUGAGUUAGACAUCGACGAGCUUCCUAACGAUGUCUUGCUGAAGCUGCUCAACUUCGUUAAGAAGCACGUCCCGAAUCUCAUGGAUGAUGAAGACGAAGACGAUGUCCCUGCCAGCAAUGUAGCACCUCCGAAACCCAAGAAGAACAAGCCAAUGAGCAAGUUCGAGCAGGAAGCUCAGAUCAACAUGCUCCAGAGCAACCUUUCUCGUUUCCAGGGUGGCGCUCACUCUCCCGAUCCAGUGGCCUCGGUUGAACACAAUGAAAGCAGCGAUGAUGACUCUGAUUCGUCUGAGGAGGAGAGCGAGGAGGAGUAA